UGUAUCAUCGGGGAAAGAUGGCAGAGGUCGGUCAGCGGCUGACCGGCGCCGCUUUCCGACUCUCUGCCGUCACAGGUGGCCCGAGUCGAUCUGUCGGCUUCGGAGACAGCCCUGUCCUUCAUCUGUCCUCCAGCACCGUUGCUGACAGUGGUAUCGGAGAGGAACCACCACUGGAACGUAAGACAAAAACACCCGCGGCUCACCAGCACAGAGUGGGAAGGAGUGAAGGUUGGACUGCACUUUACUCCAGAUGUCUGCGGCAGGAUUCACCCCAGUUCUCCACCAGCACGGAGCGUGUUUUCUGCUCUUCUGAGCAGCUCAGAACCUUCUGCACCGCAGUCUUUAUUUGGACUGAGCAGGCUCCAGGAUCUCGACUGAGGCCAGCCACAGGUGGACCCUUCUCCAGCAGAAGCUACAGCUGGAGGAAUGAGAGCAGAGCGUCACCCAUGUACCGGAGCAGGACAGCUUACUACGACGUCCUCCAGAUUUCCCCCAACGCCACUCAAGCCCAGAUCAAGACGGCCUACUACAAGCAGUCGCUGAUCCACCACCCUGACAAAAACCCGGGGAACCCUGACACCACUCAGCGCUUCUCUGAGAUCAGCGAGGCCUACACCGUGCUGGGCAACAUCAACCUCCGCAGGAAGUAUGACCGCGGCCUCCUGAGCCGCUCCGACGUCCAGUCAGCGGGAAGACCAUCGUCUAAAGAGGCGCCGGACAAGUCCGCAGCCGCCCCUCCAACGCCGCGGCAACAGAGCGCUCGCCGCUUCUCCAGAGCCGGAGGGAAGAACAUGUUUGACUUUGAUGCUUUUUACAAAGCUCACUAUGGUGAGCAGCUGCAGCGAGAGCAGGAGAUGAAAGCUCGCAAGGAGGAGAUGGAGAGGCUGUAUCAGGAGAAGAUGAAGAAGCGGAGGGAGGACAGGCUGAAGGACGGGACGCUGCUGAUGGUGCUGGCUGUGGCUGGACUUCUGCUUGUGAGUCUCAGCAGGAACUGAAAUAGACACAUGCCGGUGGCCUCAGAAGGGAGGGGGAGGUGGGAGGGUCCUACUUCAGAAGACUGCAAUUGGACGAAAGAAGUUGUAAACAAGUCGACCUCAGGCAGCUUUGAAUGUAUCUGAACGGAAAUCAAUCCUACACAAACAUGCAACACAGGUGCCAGACUUCUCUUCUUCAAAUGAUGAGUUUUGAAGAUACAUUUAAAAAAAUCAGUGUAUUGGCGUCUUCAUUGAUCAGUCUCUGGCGCUGUGUGUGGUCCGAAGCAUGACGAACGAUUAGCUAUUGAAAGUCUGAAGAAAAGGACGGAGUAACAGGCUUGUAUCAUAUUUGAUGACCUUUGACCUGUGCAUCCAGGGCAAAGAGAUCAGGGGUCAUUCAUCUAUUUGGCUCUACCGCAUUAGAAAUGUUGACCACUAGAGUGCAGCAAAGUCUGUUACCACACUGUCUGUGGUCCGUGUCUUUUUAAGGUCAUAGCUAGGUCCGGACAGAUCGUGUAGUCAUCGCCAGAAGCUUUAAUUUAUUCAUGUUUUAUUCACAGAAAUAUAAAGUAGUAUGUCAAUUACAUCACUUUGUACAAAAUUGCACAGACUCUUCAAAACUCAGACAACAGAAAUCAGCUCGUUUUUCAAAAGAAGUGAUAAGAAAAUAAAGAGGGUGGUUGAUCAGUGAUAUGUGAGAAAAGGGCCCUUAGAUCGACAUUGCACUCAGAGAAAACUUUUGGGGGGUGAAGGUUCACAACAUCAGCGGGAGAAACGUCUCAAAAGUAGGAUUUUUAUUGGCACAUUAAUGAACUACUCAGUCCACUCAGACACAUGGCCCUGCUUGAAGGGAUUGUUUCUUUAUGAAAUCUAUGUUUAUUAAAGUCACUGCUCUUGUUAGAUGAGCCAUCAAAAAACUCAAACUACUGAAUAGUAGAUCAUUUAGGCGACUAGUGCACUGGUUUGAUGAAUAAAGGCCAGAAAAGUUUGCUCAUAUCAUAAUACUAACAUUACUCUAGAGGGCCUCCAAUGGUUGUAAGUCAAACUUUUAAGACUGACAACAACUGUUUUGGCCUCUGAUAUAAUUUUACAAUUCCUAUUACUAAUAUGCUAAACGUCACUAUCACUAUUUCAUGCUCCAUAACGCACAGCAACAGUUGAAGCUCUUACACAUUGGAUGUCCAGAUUCAACAUUUCACAAAAUUAAAUCCAGUUUGUCAACUGUAAUUUUGAGUUUGACACCUCUGACCACAAUAUUAUUAAGAAUAUUUAAACAUAAGAAAAAAACUCCUUGAGUUUUAACAAGUAAAAUGUGUCAUUUAAAUAAAUAAUUACAAUUACGGUCAGCCCACAUUUAUGAAACCAUUCCAGCCACAGUGUAUUAAAACAGACAUUAACCUCAAUAUAUAUCAAUAUAAUCACCGCUAUAACGUCCAAACUAACACUUUGUUCGGCAGGAUCGACCACUGAAUGAAUAUUCACCUGCCUGGACCUUAAAAACGUUCCCUUCAAGCACGGCCAUCUUCACUCUCGGACCCUCUCUCAAAGCUCUGUCCUGGGCUAAACGCUGGGUUUGGUGUUACAUCUUCAAGGCAGCGGUUCGACUGGUAUAAACAGCGUCUCUAGUCUACACAUCACUGACAAGCUAAAGUACAGAACCAGCACCAGACGGAGGGACCGUGGAAAACGACUGAACUGCACGCUCAUCAUUUCAAAAAUACUGGGUAAAAUGACAAGGAAAACAGCAGAUUCCCAGGUUUUUCGCGGAAGUUUAGCCGGCUGGAUGUUGUCGACCCCCUUUACACCGGGACAUUAAAAUGCAUUCUUUGGUCGGCUUUCAUCAGCGACCACAUCAAAGUGCAGGAGAUGGAUGGUGACCACAACUGCAGCCGAAAUACAAAGAUGAUUCAGCGGAAGGAAGGAUUUAAGGGAAAACAGGAGGGGAAGUAUUGAUUUACCAUUGUAAGUGUGACCACUGAUCCUUUCAGAUGCUUCUCUGCCUCCACGUUUGAGUGUGAGCACCAGAUCUGUGCAGCGUGACUGCACUUCCGUCAGAUACUUGCACGACUCCAUGCUGUUUCUGUCAUCUCCAUGUGUGAUCACCAUAUAUGGUGCAUGCAUCCAGCCUUCUAUAGGAUGUUUGUGUCUGCUUGUGUGUGUGUGUUCACACACGUGAUCACCAUAUACAGUCUGGUGCGUCCCUUCAUAUGUGUGUGUGUGUACGUGUCACCUAGAGUGCCGACAUGUACUGGUUUAUCUUGCUUUGGAUCAUUAUGAUUGGGUUUAAAUUUGUUUUGGAUAGUUGGGUUCUGGGUGAGAGGCUGGGGAAAGGGUUAUGGCACACAAUGUCCCCACAAGGAUAGCAAUGCAAACGUGCACGUAAGAGAGAUAGUUGACCAUAAAAGUACUUGUUUUGGCCAAAAUGGAUCUUAAAUUUAACAGCACUAAUUCAUUGUAUUCAAGUACUUAUGUUAUCGGGAGGAAAGCAGAGACAUUACUGAUCCAUCAUUAAAUGAAAAAACUGAUCUAUAUGUUUCAGCUGAGUCAGCAUAAUUUGAGUUCAACAGGAAAGGGGAUCCUUCCUCUGAAAGAAAUGCAUUUCAGUAGA